AGUAAAGGAGUGCGAUAUGAUGUACAAACAGGGCGAAGGGACGGUUUUAUAUCUCUUGCUCAAAAUACAGUAGAUAUCCCAACUCCUAAUAUAUCAGUGUCAGACUCCAUCAAAGCAUUUGACAAAAAAGGACUUGGUUUUGUUGACAUGGUCUAUCUUCUUGGUGCUCAUACUGUUGGAGUUGCACAUUGUUCAGCCUUCAUAGACCGUCUCUAUAAUUUUAAGAACACCGGAAAGCCUGACCCAUCUAUGAAUGAUGAGCUUCUUACCAAAUUGAGAUCUACAUGUCCUCAAAAUGCUACUGUUGACAACAUUGCUAAUCUUGAUCAGAAUCCUCGAACUUCAAUCAUUGUCGACAAUUCUUACUACUACCAAAUACUAAAGCACAGAGGUGUCCUUCAAAUCGACCAAGAGCUAGUAUACGACCUACGAACAGUUCUUGUAGUGUUAGGUGCAACAUUGGAGCUUGACUUUAAUAUCAGAUUUCCUCAUGCCAUGGUUAAUUUGGGUAAAGUCCAAGUUCUCACUGGCACCGAAGGGGAGAUUAGAAAAUCAUGCCCAGCUGUCAAUAAUCCCACGGCAAUGGCAAUCUAAGUUAAAGAGAAAAAUAUGUAUAUGUUGGUUUCAAUUUAGUCAUUUUACUUUGUGAUGGUGUGUGUCUUUUGCUUUCAUUGUUUUUCUAUCACUGUGUUUUCAUUCAUGUAAUUUUUCAUUAUGAUCACAACUGAAUUGUAAGGAAUGAUUUCUGAAUUUAUAUUUCUGUCCAAGUCAAUUUAUAUUGGGUCACCCAAUUGGGCUA